AGACAGUUUGUGUGUGUGUUGGAGGAUUAUCAUCUCAACCUGUUCGACUCUUUGGUUGUUUACCUUUUAAACACGGAGCUCGUUACAAAAGUUUAAACAUUAACAAACAUUUUAACGCGUCUGUUCAUAAAGUGGCCGCUGACGUCACUGCAGACCUUUCAGAUAAACCAACGUCACAAACUGACAUAAGACGAGUUAGUCGGUUUUAGCAGACAGAAGUUAGCUUAGCUCGGUUAGCAGAGAGAAGUUAGCUUCGCUCGGUUAGCAGAGAGAAGUUAGCUUAGCUCUGUUAGCAGACAGAAGUUAGCUUAGCUCUGUUAGCAAACAGAAGUUAGCUUAGCUCGGUUAGCAGAUGCACUUCGGUCAGAGAGCAGAGUUCACCCUGACAGUGUGUCAGCUGCUGGGGGACGAUGGCCAACCCGCUGAGGGCGGAAGUGGUUCGACUCUAUAAAAACCUCCUCUACCUCGGACGCGAGUAUCCCAAAGGCGGCGACUACUUCAGGGACCGUCUGAGAGCGGCGUUCACUAAGAACAAGCAGGUCCAGGACCCGGAGCGGAUCAAAGAGAUGAUCGCUCGAGGAGAGUUCGUGGCCCGAGAGCUGGAGGCGCUUUACUACCUGCGGAAGUACCGAGCCAUGAAGAAACGUUACUAUGACGACUGACGAAAAAAAAACCAGACAGACACUAAAACAUGAGAGAAAAACCUUUCUGUUUAUUUCAGUCUCAGAAAAACACCAGACGACAAAAAAAAGCAGCUUCAACGUUUUAUUGUUUCGAGAGUCGAUUCAGCAGCGAAGAAACGUUUAAAAUAAAAGUAUAAAAAGACGA